ACUAUUUCCUGGAAAACAGUUGGAGACUUUCAUCUUGCGAUCGCCGUCCCGCCGUGAAAACUGCCGGUGAAAACAUCUCUCAGCUUUGCAGCAACAACCCACGCGGCUAAAGAAAAAGAAAAAAAGAUACACGAGCUACCAUUUCAGGGUGAAGGUUUUCGCUGCUGUUUCGCGUGAUGUGAAUGGUCCGGCUCUGACAGACGUCGAGCGCCUCAAAGCAGAUCUUCGAGGCUGCGGGAGGCUGCGGGCCACCGGACCGAAUGACCGAAGCACAGGAACUGUCUUUCGCCAUGGCUGCGACCAACGGCGGACUGGACGGUGGCAAUAUCUGCAGGGAUUUCCUGCGCAAGGUUUGCCACAGGGGCAGCCGCUGCAAGUUUGUCCAUCCUGACGGGCAAGAAACUGAAGAGGCGCGACCGUCAGCCGACCCCGUCUUCUGCCACGAUUUUCAGAACUCUGAGUGCUUCCGGCCAAACUGCAAGUUCCUCCACUGCACCCGUCAGGAGGAAGAGCUGUACCGAACCACAGGACGCCUCCCUUCGGCCCAGGGGAUUCCCCCUCCGGAGCCCCCGACCGUCGUGGGCAUGAUCCCCCCCGUGUGCAAGGACUUCCUCAAGGGGGACUGUCGCCGGGCUGGGCGCUGCAAGUUCCGCCACCUGGGAGAAGAAGAGCCCGAGGCCAAGAGGAGGGCCCUUGAUGAAGACAUGGGCUACCGUGUGCUGCAGCAGGAGAACGCCAUCCUCAGGCGCAAGGUGGAUGACUUGAAGAAGCAAGUCGCAGACCUGAUGGCCACCAAUGAGUUUCUGCUGGACCAGAACGCGGCACUGCGGCUGAGCAAGCAGACGGCGGCCAGCCAGUCCUUGGGAGUGAUUCCGACGGCGGCCACCCUCCAGCCGGUGGCGCCACUGGCCAGCACCGCUGAGCUGGCCUCUUCCCCGCAGAGCCUGACUCCAAUGGUUCCCGUGGUGCCCGUCUCAAUCUCCUCCAGUCUGCCGGCAUCCCUGUCGCAGAGUCUUGCCCAAACCAUCAUCACCAUGAGCAGCCCUUCGGCACCGCUCGUCUCCUACCCUGUCAUGACCCAGUCGCUACGUCCUGUGAUUGCCCACCGCAUGGGGCACUAGGGCUCUCCUUGGCCAUGCCCACCCUUCUUGGAAUGGAACUGUCCUGGAUGUCAUCCACUGUGACUUUGGGUCGUUGGGCCUUGGACACCGUGUUUCCCGGUGGGGUGGCGGGGCAUUGAAGCCGUUGAUUCUAUUUGUCUCCCGACAUUUCGCAGACAUCUCAGCGAUGGUGGGGCGUCUGCGACUUUUGUGGGACGGCUGAGAUGCCCAUCUUUUUCCCUGCUUCAGUAAGAACUGUCCUGGAUGUCAUCCGGCGUGACUUUGAGUGACUUCAGUUCAUCUGGCCACGAACAUUGUGUUUCCUAAUGGGGUGGCAAGCCGUCGUUGCCAUUCGUCUGCCGACGUCUCACUGAUGUCCAGGUCGUCUGCAACAUUUGUGGUAUGGCUGAGAUGUUCACCCUCCACCUUCGUCGGAAAGGAACUGUCCUUGAUGUCAUCCAGUGUGGCUUUGAGUGACUUCAGUUCAUCUGGCCACAAACAUUGUGUUUCUCAGUGGGGUGGUGAGCCAUCGAAGCACUGUUGCCAUUUGUCUGCCGACAUCUUGCCAACAUAGAGGACCUCCGCGACAAUCGUGGGACAGCUGGGAUGUCCACCCUCAUCUCUGCUUGGAAAGGAACUGCCCUCAGUGUCAUCGGUGUGGCUUCAAAUGACUUCAGCUCACAUAUGGUCAAAAACAUUUUUCCUGGUGGGGGAGUGGGCAGUCAGAACCAGUGUUGCCAAUCGUUUGUCACCAUCUCACUGGCAUCAGUGAUAUGUGCAACGUUUGUGGGUGGCUGGGGUGCUUGUACGAAGUUUGUACAACAUGUGCGGAAUGUCAGCAAUGUGUCAAUGGUAGUGUGCAGUUUGUCUGGCUGACAGUUUGCUGUGGUGGCGGAUUUACAUGCUCCAGGCUUUUGAACUUUUGACCACCUUCUUGAAUUGCAACCUUCACCAAUGCGUGUUCAUGUGGUGGCAACAUUUAAUUUCAUUGAAUGUACGAAAAAUAAAAUAAGUGCUCUUUCUUUUUUGUGUGUGUGCUAGCAAGUUCAUUAUUCUUUUGGGCUGAUCAUCAUCACGGUUGUAGCAACUGUGUGCAGUUUUCUUUCUUUUUUUUUUU